ACGAGAAAUAAGUUGCAAUCAUUUUGCAAUAUUGGUAAGUGCCAGGACAAACAAGGCCAUAUAAUUACUAGCAAAUACUUGCCUGAUCCCUAAGUUCUUUGUUAAAGGAGUGACGAUUUGCAAAUUAGAGUACGCAUUGAUUUGCUUCUAAGGUCCACAGUUCGCAAUUCCGGAUUUUCAAGCACCAACUUCAGCAGAGGUUUGGUAAGAAACUUCAAAGUCUGUAUACUCUGAUAUAUGUAGUAGCUUAUGAUGCAUUUGUAUAUGUGUACAUUCAUAAAAAUAUAAAUAUUCCCUCGUAAGCAUUGAAUGGUUCACGGAUUGAUGUUACAAAGUUCUUGACCAUAUAAGAUUUAGGAAACUCAAGUAGAAUUGCUUACAAUGAAAAAGUUUAACAAGUCAAAUGAAAGCACGACUCAAUGUUUUCAUAUAUGGAAUAAACAAUAGAGCAUAUCGACUUUCUUUGCAUUUGCCCAUCGGUCACCAUCUGAUAAGCAAGAUUGAGCAGGUAUAACUUGCGUACUGCAACAAGGUUAAUUCAGAGGAAAAGAGAGAGAGAAAAGAAAGAAAGAAAGAGAAGAGAAGAAAAAAGAAGACCAAGGGGUCAUCUGCAAGUGAAGAUAGCAUAGAAUUUGAAGGGAAAGAUUACAAGUUAUAUCCAACCAUGACAAGGCCCUAGGAUUCAUAGUAACCAGGAAAUUUCAUCUCUGAACAACAUUUAAAUUGCUGUCAAUCAUCGAAGUCAUAGGAAUAAUGGACCACCAAGAGCAGAUAAUGAUUAGCAGUGAGCGUUGCGGCCAGAAUGCCUUAUAUUAAUAUAUACCCAGUUGUAGGAGUGAUUAUGCAAAAACAAAGUAUGAAGUGGCUUGAUAUUACCUGCUUGAUUGUCACAUUAAAUACUCAGAGCUGAUUCAUGAACCAGAAACUUUUGAGAAGCAAAGAGACUACUUAGGGUUAAAAAACUGAUCCUGCCUAAAUAAAAAAUUAUGCAAGCAAUGUAUAGAUUUGUUAAUUCGCAUUAGCAGCCAAGUUUGAACUCUCCAAAGAAAAAGACAAAAUUAAUUUUUCAAGGAAGUCUCCUUAAAUUUGUAUCAUCCCAACAUCGACAUCAUUAAGCUGAUAUAAGCCUGAGCUGGCAAGAGUAGCAGAAACCCAGGUUGGAGGAAAGCAAGAAAAGCAACAUGGUGAAAUACUGGUUUGCUUUGCACCAAACUCACCCUACCUAGCUUCUCAGGAUGGUAUCUCCCUGUCCAAAUUUCCUACAUCAAGGAGCAAAUCUAGUAUAAUAUGACAACCAAAAGGUUUUCCUAGACUUCAGUUUCCAAAGGUCAUGUAUUUUGAUCUCUAUGCUGUGGAGCUAUUUCAUCUGAUUAACAAAAGCAAUUGUUUGAGGAGUCAGCCUCCCCACAAGGACAAGUUUAUUAUAUCACACAUGAUAUUUUGUUAGUGCAUGAGAAAGACAGUGAAAUACUUGAGGACAAGAAACUCAAAAGCAAGUUAAUUUCCCGAUUCCAACAAAUAUGGGAGGAAAAAGUAUAUUUCAUAACUUUUUUAAGAAUAAUUUAUUCAAUAAUAUAACAACCGAGGAUGCUGCCUACCUACAUAUCAUGGUGAGAGACAUGCAGACACCAAUGUCAGAGGAUUUGUAAAAAGAGGUUUUCGAAAAAUGGUUGGUCCAACAUACAACUGAGAGAGCCACACACACACAGAGAGAGAGAGAGAGAGAGAGAGAGAGAGAGCACAAUAAUGGCAGGCAGUGCUCUACAGUUUGCACUCCAGAAGUUGGAUUCUUUGCUGGUGAACGAACAACAAUUGUUGAGAGGGGUAGACACAGGAGUCAAAGAUAUCAGAGAUGAGCUUGAGUGCAUAAAAUCAUUUUUGAGAGAAGCAGAUGCUAGAGAAGAUAGAGAUGGCAUGAGAACAUGGGUGAAUCAAGUACGAGAGAUAGCGUAUGACAUUGAGGAUGUUCUUGAUGAGUUUGUGCUCCACUUUAACCGGCCUCAUGGGCAUGGAUUUUCUGGCUUCCUUCAUAGAGGUAUUCACUACAUCAAGCAUCUGGGUACUCACCAUCGGAUAGCUUCUGCAAUACAAGAAAUCAAAAAACAGGUCCAUAACAUCUCACAGAGAAAAGAUAUGUAUACUAUCAAGUUUAUUGACAAUGGAACUUCUAAUGCUACUACAGAUAGAUUGCAUGAUCGUCACAUGGCUGCUCUUUUUAUUGAGGAAGCUGAACUAGUGGGCAUUGAAAAGCCCAAAGAAGAACUGAUUGGGUGGUUAGUAAAAGGAGAAUCACAGCUGAAGGUGAUUUCAGUAGUCGGCAUGGGUGGUUUGGGCAAAACUACUCUUGUCAGGAAAGUCUAUGACCAUGAAAGAGUGAAGGGAUGGUUCAGCUGUCAUGCUUGGAUUACUGUGACACAAUUGUUCACAAUUGACGAACUCCUGAGAAGCAUCCUAAAUCAAUUCUACAGGGAAAGAAAUGAAAUAUUUCCUGGAAGAAUUGAUGCAAUGGAAGGCAUUCAGCUGAUAGAGACACUUCGCCAUUUCCUACGGGAUAGAAGGUACGUGGUUGUUUUAGAUGAUCUCUGGCACAUACAAGAAUGGGAUUAUUUAAAAUAUGCAUUACCUGUUAAUAAUUGUGGUAGUAGAGUUUUAGUUACAACACGAAUUAGGGAUGUGGGUCUCUCAUGCCUUGAAACAUGCGGUCACGUCUGCAAUCUUCAACCACUACCUCCAGCAAAGGCUUGGUCUCUGUUUUGUAAAAAGGCUUUUCGAUCCAUCCCGGGGGGGACCUGCCCUCCAGAGCUCGAAGAUAUUUCUCAUGAUAUUGUCAGCAUAUGUGAUGGAUUGCCUCUUGCAAUCGUGGCAAUAGCUGGUCUCCUGUCCAAAAAAGAGAGCAGUGUUUUAGAAUGGAGGACAUUGCUAGAUAAUCUUCAUGCAGAGUUAGCCAACAAUCCUAAACUUGAGCCUAUCAAGAGAAUAUUAUUAUUAAGCUACAAUGAUUUGCCUCACUUCCUUAAAUCUUGUUUCUUGUAUUUUAGCAUUUUCCCCAAGGAUUAUCCAGUCAAGCGCAUCACUUUGAUUCGACUGUGGAUUGCUGAAGGGUUUAUAGAAAGUGAGAAGGGUGAGACAAUGGAGCAGGUUGCAGUGGACUACCUCAAUGACCUCAUUGAUCGAAACAUGGUUCAAGUGGCAGAGCAUUAUGAUUACGGAAGAGUACGAAGUUGUCGUGUACAUGAUCUUAUCUAUGAGACUAUUCUCUUGAAAUCAAAGGAGGAGAAUUUCAGCAUGUCUCUUGUCAGAAAGAAAACACAUAUGCACGGAAGGAUUCGACGCCUGUCAAUACAUAACGCUGGUGAGGAUGUUCUACAAAAUACAAGCUUGUCUCACCUUCGUGCUCUGUUCAUGUUUGGUGUUAAUGCCCUCUCAGCCUCUUCUAUGGGCAAUCUAUUUUACAGCUUUAGAUUAUUGAAGGUCUUGGAUUUGGAAGGUGCACCAAUUGAGAGGUUUCCAAUAGAAUUUGGGAAGCUCCUCCACUUAAGGUACUUGAGUUUGCGAAAUACAAGGAUCAACAAACUCUCAAAAUCCUUGGGAAAGCUCGAGAACCUAGAAACCUUAGAUCUGAAGGGCACCUAUGUUUCUGAAUUGCCGACAAAGAUCCUCAAACUCCAAAGUUUACGCCAUCUUCUUGCAUAUCACUAUUACACUGGUCGCCACCCACCUUUCUAUCAUACAAAUGGUGUGAAGGUACCUCAGGGGAUAGGCAGAUUAAGAGAUUUGCAGAAGCUCACAUACAUAGAGGCAAAUCAGGACAGUGGCAUAGUUAGAGAACUCGGAUACCUAACUCAACUGAGGAGGUUGGGCAUAGUAAAAUUGAGAAAAGAAGAUGGGGUAAACCUUUGUGCUUCCAUUGAGAGGAUGAACAACCUUCGCUCUAUCUCAGUGACAUCAAUUGGAAUGGAUGAGGUUCUUGACCUGCAAUAUUUAAAAUCUCCCCCUUCAGAUCUACAACGUCUAUAUUUGAGAGGACCCUUGGAGACUUUACCAAAUUGGAUUUCCACUCUUCAAAACCUUGUUAGAAUGCGCCUAAGAUGGUCUAAAUUGAAAGAGGAUUCACUCAGAGUUCUUCAAGUUCUUCCAAAUCUGGUAGAACUCACACUUAUUCGUGCAUAUGAUGGUGUUCAAUUAUAUUAUCAAAAAGGAGGAUUUCAAAAGCUGAAAAUUUUGGAUUUAGAACAGUUGGAUAAUUUGAAUUAUGUAAUGCUAGAUGGAGCGAUGCCAAAUCUUCAAAAGAUGUACAUUAGGCAGUGUGUGCAGUUGAAGGCGGUGCCUCUCGGCAUUGAGCAACUAGUAAACCUCAAAGAGCUCCACUUAUUUGAUAUGCCUGAAGUGUUUGUGCAAAAUUUACGGAGACAUGAAGGGGCAGAUAGACCGAAAGUGAACCACAUUCCAAUAGUGAGAUCAUAUGAUCAUGAAGAUCGGGUGUACGAAGAACUUUAACAACUUAUUAACUGCUGACAGAAUUGAGGAGUUCCAACUAGUGAUUCUGGUUGCAGCAGAAGCUCAGAUAAUAUAUUCCUUUCAGACAUCCAAUUACAAGCUUCAGCCAAUUAAAGACACAUCAUAUUGAAGAUGUGUUUCAAAAAUGUUCUGGCAUCUUUUAAGUGUUCUUUUCCACCCCCAGAUGUGUUGUUAUGACUGUCCAGAAAAUUUUCUGCACUCUUGGAGUUGAUGUAGAAGAGUUUAAAUCCUAAGUUGUUCUCUGUUAAUACAGAAAGUCUGUUAUAUGUAUGUCAGAUAUGCUGACAAUGUGGCAUGUCUGCAUUGACUAAGUAUUUCUAGAGUUUUUCUUUUGUAUGCGUGUUUUGAACAGUUUUAAUUCUAAAUUGUUCUUUGCUGAAAUUACAAAAAGUCAAAGUCUGUUAUGCGCAUUUCAAGGAAUACUGGAAAUAGUAUCUUGAAGCUGACAUGACUGCAUUUACCAAGCAUAUCUACAGUUGUUUGUUUGUUCUAACUAAACUUUCUAGCAUCAAGGAGUUAAACCUUUAAUGCCAUUAGUUGACAAAAGUUCCAGUAAACAACCAAGCUCUUACCAUAGCAAGUUUUAUAAGUGAAAUGCAUAUUUAAAACUUCAAAUUGAAGCAUGGCUUUGUCUAACAGGACAAUAUCGCAUUAUUCAUGAAAUUAAAGCACAGAACUUGCCUUCACAAAACAUAAUUUUUAUUCUUUGCGUAUGAAUCAAAUCAGUCUCCAUGAUUCCAUAGAAAAAUAAGGCAUGCAAUGAACUAACAUAGAGGUGAUAUGACUUCAUAUCCAUAACAUAUUAAAAAGAGCAAGUUGGCCUGUGUAUCUAGGAGUCAUUUCUAAUAAAACUACCAUUAGUUUGUUUUAAGUGAAAUUUCAUUCAUAAAUUAAUCCCAACCAGCGUUUUAAAAAUCGAUAUUGGAGGGUGUAGCAGUUUUUUUAAAAAUUGGAACGGUGCAGGUACCAACACAUGGUACAGGAUGUAGUCUCAUACCGACAUACAUUGCACUGGUCUAGUUUUCUGCUGGAACAGUAUGGUACUGCUUGUACCAUUCCAAUCUAGUGGUUUUUAAAUCAUUGAUUCUAAUAUAAAUUAUUAUAUAUAUUAAAAACAAAUGAUGUCCAGCUAACAAUCUCUUGUCUGUUUAUCUUUUACUGGUGUUAUCUAUUUCUGAGGUCUAACCCAAGUCAGAUUCUCUUGAUCUUGUCAUGACUCCUAUUUUUCUCCGCCCUACACCCAUUUCUGCAGUUAUUUCACUUUAAAAGAAAACCAUAAUU